AUGACGCAAGAGGGUUGGAAUAUGCAAUUAGUGAAUGAGAACAGUGACAUUCGGUUCGAAACUGAUGAUUUCAUAUGUCGAAACUUGAAAGACUACGAGGAAACUCUUGAAAAGAUCAACGAGAUGGAAAAGGAUCCAAAAACAGCAGCUGAUGAUAAGAAAUUGUUGUGCAGGACCUGGUCAACAGCCGAUAAGUAUGGAUUCAGUGGAGCGGAGUGGCUGCCUAUGAAAACAGAUGGACAUGAUGCGGAUGCAGCAUUUGACCCAGAAUCCUUAAUGCUGUACCCAUCUAAUGCUGGCGGAAUUGGUGAAGUCAAUGGCGCCGACGACGAUCAACGGCUGCCCAUCCUGACUUACCAGAACGGUGACCGGAUCCCCAUUCGAACGGGUGCUUCUGUGGCAGACAUUGAUAAGUUGAUCACUAUCUAUGGCGACAAGUACAAGGGUGAAGGUUCGAAGUACAUUGUCUUUGAAGGGAGGAGACACUAA